UUAAACUACUGAGGAGUUCUUUAUUACAAUAAGUCUAAGCGGAAAAGAUAUUUUUCGUUAUAAUAUAAAGGAUUUUUUUUAUUAAAACGACGGAAACAGUGCACUGUAGUGUGGUGCAGUGUGUUUACAUAGCGUAACGUAAUGUUUAUAAUACGGAGCAGCGUGCCAGUACAGUUAACCUUUCAUUCAAACAUUAUGGACAAGAUUUUUCUUUUAUUUUUUGUAAUAUUUGUUACUUGUUCCGUACAAACAGAUGCUGGGCCCUGUGACUCCAGGAAUUUCCAGUGUGGAAAUGGGAAGUGUAUUACAAAUAAAUGGGUAUGUGAUGGGACAGAUGACUGUGGAGAUGGCACAGAUGAGCUCCCUGCUGCCUGCAUGGCCAAGACUUGCAGACCCAAUGAGUUUAGCUGCGGUGGGUAUCUAAACCAAUGUGUGCCCAACAGCUGGAAAUGCGACGGCAAAGCGGACUGUGAGAACGAAGCAGAUGAAGCUGGCUGCAGUCCAAGAAAUUGUCUCAGCGGUGAAUUCCGCUGCACCAACGGCCAGUGUGUAUCACGAGCGUUUGUGUGUGAUGAAGAGGCCGACUGUGACGAUGGCAGCGAUGAAGCUCAGUGUUUACCCGCCACGUGCAGUUCAGGUUCAUUCCGCUGCAACAACUCAGCGUGUCUCCCACAGCUGUGGGCCUGUGACGGAGAUCCAGAUUGUUCGGACGGGUCAGACGAGUGGCCUCAGAACUGUGGUCAUCUGCCGUCAGCGGCUACCACUAAGCCUUGUUCCGAUCUGGAGUUCCAUUGCAGCAAUGGAGAAUGUAUUCCCAACAGUUGGAGGUGUGAUAGAGAGGAUGACUGUACCGAUCAGUCAGAUGAGAAAGAUUGCGCCUUAGCUACAUGCCAGCCAGAUGAGUUUCGGUGUGGUGAUGGAUCGUGCAUUCACGGUAGUCGCCAGUGCAACCAGGUGUACGACUGUGCAGACGCGAGUGAUGAACUAGGUUGUGUUAAUGUUUCCCAUUGUGAAGAUCCAUCCAGGUUUAAGUGCCGCAGUGGUGAAUGCAUCAGCAUGGACAAAGUUUGCGACAAGCAGCGUGACUGUAGGGAUUGGUCUGACGAGCCACUGCGUGAAUGUGAAUCUAAUGAGUGUCUGUACAACAACGGUGGCUGCUCUCACAUCUGUAAGGAUCUGAAGAUUGGUUAUGAGUGCUUGUGCCCCAGUGGAUUUCGCUUAGUGGACAGGAAACGCUGUGAAGACAUUGACGAGUGCGCCAGUGCCGACACAUGCAGCCAGAUCUGUGUCAACCAGGUGGGCAGUUACAAGUGUGAGUGUGCAGAAGGCUACCAAGUGGACCCAGCAACCAAAGCCUGCAAGGCUGUAGGAACCGUGGCCUACCUGUUUUUCACCAACCGACAUGAGGUGAGAAAGAUGACUCUGGAUAAGAGUGAAUAUACCCAAGUCAUCUCCCGCCAGAAGAAUGUAGUCGCACUGGACAUGAACAUUGCCACCAAGGAGAUCUUCUGGUCUGAUCUGUCCCUCAAAAAGAUUUACAAAGCUCCUAUGGAUUCAGCAUUAAACUCCUCUCAGCACAACGCUGUGAUCGACUCUGGCUUGGGUGCACCCGAGGGUCUUGCUGUGGACUGGAUUCAUGGAAACAUCUACUGGACAGACAGCGUACGUGGUGCCAUCUCUGUAGCCACUGCGGAUGGAAAGAAGCGUAAGACACUAUUCAACAAAAACCUGACCAAGCCUAGAGCUAUCGUCGUCGACCCAAUUAAGAACUUUGUGUACUGGACCGACUGGGGUACACCAGCCAAAAUUGAGAAAGGUGGACUCAAUGGAGUUGACCGUGUGACUUUAGUAAUGGACAACAUUAUUUGGCCCAAUGGAAUCACUCUUGAUCUGUUGAACCAUCGUCUAUACUGGGUGGACUCCAAACUGCACACCCUGUCCAGUAUUGACAUGCAAGGAGGCAGUCGUCGUACACUCAUCAUAGACCAGAGAAGAUUGGCACAUCCAUUGAGCAUCACAGUGUUUGAGGAAAGAGUUUACUGGACUGAUGUUAGCAACAGUGCUAUCCUGAGUGCAAACCGUGUGACCGGAGCAGAAAUCACAAGAGUAGCAGAACACCUCUCAUCACCUGAGGACAUUGUGUUGUUCCACAACCUCAAGCAGCCCAAUGCUGUGAACUGGUGCAAGGUCAACAACGGUGGAUGUGAGUUCCUGUGUUUGCCCGCCCCACAGGUCAGCACAUUUUCACCCAAAUAUACCUGUGCUUGUCCUGACAACUUGAUGCUGGAUAAAGACAUGAGGAAAUGUGUUCCCGCCGUUCCAACAACUGCAGCACCACUCCAGCCCAAAGUUUUUACCACAAGUCACUCAACUAUACAGCCAUAUACUACACCAAAACAACAACCUGCCCCUACAACCACCAAAGCACCAGCUCCAUUCACCACCACUGUCUUUUAUAACCGACGCACGCAGGCGGCCACCACCAAAACCACCAAACCCAACACUCAACCCUCAGUGUCUACACAAACAGAUGGUAACAGUGGUGUUGCUGCAGUCAUGUCCGAGACAUCGUCAUCAUCAUUAGCUCUUUACAUCACAUUGCCCCUGGUGGUGCUUGGAUUGCUGGGAUUCGCUGGUGUGUUGCUGUGGAGGACCUGGAGACUGAAAAACACCAACACAAUUCACUUUGAAAAUCCUGUCUACCAGAAAACCACUGAAGACAAAGUUCACAUCUGCAGGAACUACAGCUUCGAAGGUUUCUCCUACCCACCUAGACAAGCCGUCAGUCUUGAUGAUGAAUUAUGAACCUCGCUAAAAAACGACUACAAAGAAGGUGGCGCUGCAGCUCACUGGACGUUUACAGACUGUUAGAGACCAAAACUGCUCACCGCGUCUUAAUGAUAAGGGUGUAUAAAAGACAGUGAUCCCAGUGACCUCAAACAUCAUGUACCUCUACUUUUAUAGAGAAGUCUUGAGACAGUGUGUGUGUGUGUGUGUGUGUAUAUAUGAAGGAAAGAACCAAUGACUGCUACUUAGACACCAGCACUUAUACAGUAGAGUUAUUGGCACACUUUUUAUAGAUUGUAAAUACUAUUUUGCAUUAGAAUAUGUGAAUGAAGCCUCAGGGCAUGGAUCAGUUGAAGUUAGACAUUUGCCUACACUUGUAAGGGACAUGUACACUAUAUGGCCAGAAGUAUGUGGACGCCUCUUCUAAGUAUUGAGUUCAGGUGUUUCUGCCACACUCCUUGCUAAGUGGUGUAUAAACAUUGUUGACUGAA